AUGAAGACGAAAAGUGUAACAAUUCAAACACCGGAUGCUACGUCGAGAGUGGAGCACAAACGGUUGCCGGACGUUAAAACACCAAACGCGAACUCGAUGUUGCACAAUUGCCCGUGCAAGAUUACGUCAGUUUACAUCGCGGCCUCAUUGGCGGUCCUCGUGCUCGCCGCAAUUGCGUUCACUGUUGCCAUGACAACCAAGAACUGGAGCGCCAGUGGAACCCGGAUGAGAAUGGGAUUGUGGGACUACUGCAUCAUAGAACGCGGCAAUAUCACCUGGACGUGUCACCCUGUAAAUACAGAUUUCAGCGUGGCGACGCAGGCGUUUUCUAUUCUGUCGGCGAUGUGCUACGCCUGUAUCAGUGUGCUGUAUUUCCUGUAUCUCGUGUUCAGCCUCAAGAAGUCCAGGCCGCUCGUUAUAGCCAUGUGUCUUGUAGUCUUUGCCACUGUCAGCCUUAACAUAAUGACACUGAUAGUGUAUGCGACCAAGAAUCGUGAAAUGUUCCUGAAAAUCGAGAAGAACUAUUUUCCCGGCGGAAGGCUUGACGACCUUUAUCUUUCCUGGUCAUAUUAUUUCGCGAUCACAUCCACCAUCAUGGCGACCGUUGCUGGCGUCUUGUUCUACUUGGAAUUCAAGCAGUUGACGUUUCACGCACUAUACAACGUGCCUUCAGACCAGACUUUGCAGUGCUGAGUUUAAUAUAAAUAAUAAAUCUUAAAAGCUUGGGAGAAAAUGAGAGCAAAUAAAUAACAAAUUAAUGUUUAUUGAAUUGCUGUUUCAGGCAUUUGCUUGCCCACUUGCAUAGGGAGAUAAAAUAUCGCAUGGGCUUUUUAUUUGUGUAUGUAUGAUGUAUGAAUCGGUCUUCAUGAAGAAUGUGUACGUGGUACCCCGUACAGAACUAGUUCAUAAUUUUUACCUUGUUGAUUCAUCGCCGUUGUACAUGUUUUCUAUAAUUCGAA